CCAUUUGUUGAUUGCCACUAAAACAUGAGAAUAAUUUGUUUUUUUUGUACUAAAACUGGUAGGAUACAAAUUAGCUGUGUGUUUGUAGCUUUGUAUAGUGAAGUACCUACCAUGUUUUUUGUUUAAUUUUUUUGGGGUUCUUUUAGACUACUAGUAAGUACUAUAAACAUAAUUAAUAAUUUUGCAGAGAGUCGCCAUUAAACUUUGUUUCUCUCGUCCUAAAAGAUUGCAUGUAUAUCUUUUUUUUUGUCUAGUUUAUGUGUGCCCCUCCUUCGUAAUUCUACUACCAUCUUUGUAGCAAAUGAAUGCUCGAUUCACACUACGUGCGUUUCGAAUCGAAUUAUCAUAUCCAACGCCGAAGGCUUACCAAAAGAACUGGAUUAGUGCAUAUAUAAAAAGAAAAUUAUAGAUGGUUUUCUCUCCUACGGUUUGCUGCAUAAUCGUAAUCAUGUACUACGCAUCUUGCAUGCAUGCACUUUAUUACUUUCUAUGACAUCUGGCAUCUAGUUCUUCAGAAGCAUCUGAGAGAACUGAUGGUUGGCUUGAUAUGUCACCAGGUUGUUGAUGCUCAUGCUAAAGAAUGUCUUUUUCCUUUCCUACUACUCAUAGCUAGUUAUGUAUCCAUGCACACGUUUUUUUUGACACGCAUGGUUUGUAUCUUACUAUACAGAAGAUAGUAACAAACAAAGAAAAAAUGUUUUGCAAAAUUGUAUACAUAGUUUUAGAAGGAGUUAUACACGUUUUUAUAUUAAGGAAAUGUACAUGUGAAAUUUCAUGAUUGGAAGGUGGGCUCUCUAAGUAUCAGUGUACAUGAACAAGCUUCGAAUUUGCGACAAUCAUGGUUCAGAGGUUGUGGUUAACUAAACUAAGUAUUUCUUUUAAAUGACCACAAACAGUAAGUUCUCCUUCUCCUUUUCCCUUACUCGCGAAGGGAUCGGAGAAAGGGACUUAAAACGACGUCUCGGUCAAAGGUGAGCUAGUAGUAAGGGGUAACUAAUCUCGGAGAGGGAGACGCGCGGAGGCGGCCGGUUAAGUAGUUGCUCAUGAGCUAAAUCACAACACAUAUAGCAUGCACAAAAAUAGCUGGUUUGCCCAUCUAUGUCUUAGCUAAGACAUCACGGCAAAUUAAGAUUUUAACAAAAACAUGGCAUGUAUAUGUAAACCCCAAUCCUAAAUAAGCAACUAGUGUUGUUUGCUCGUUGAAUCCAAAGUUCUUGCCGGCUCUUAUGGGCUAUAAAUAGCCUAUAAACUUCUUUCGGUUCCGUCUUUCAUCGUUAUAAAUAGGAGUUCGUUGUUUGCCAUUGGCAUGAUCUACAGGUUUUCUGUAACCUAUGUCGUCUCCAAUUCGAUAAUAACAAACGGAAGAGGGAGGAACAGAUUUCUCCUUGCUAUCCAUAAUUGCGGAGUUCGUCGUGAUCCGCCAUGCUCGACGACCAUCCCUUUGCUCAGGAUGGCAUCUCGAGCCCCAUAGCAGCGCACAUCUUUGACUUCUGCGACAAUGGCAGCGGCGGCGACCUCUUCACGGCCGUGAACGUGGCCUCAGACCUGUUCACGGCGCCAUCAGAGGAUGCCUCGUCGUCGUCCGUAGUGACGACGCCUCCCGCGCCCUGCGGCCACGGCGACGACAUGCCGUUGGGCACCGCCGCGGCGCCUGCUGCCUCGGCCUUCUCCCCCAUGCCGUCCUUCGACUCCACCCUCUCCGCUCUCCUCGAAGAAGAAGACCCAUCGGUUCCAAACCCAGAACUCCUCCUACCCAUCGACUACCCGUUCGCGGCGGCGGCGGCUGGAGACGAGCCUCACCCCGAACAGCAGCAGCAGCAGUUCGCGCAGGUGCCAGUAAUGCUUCCACUGGCCGGUGCGGCCCAGCACCCGGGUCUGCAGACGCACAGCACGGCGUCCGAGCUGAUGCAGCUAGACGAGUGCUUCGCGGCGGCAAUGGCUGGAGGAGGAGGGUACGUGGGCCUAAACGAGUCCAUGUGCCAGCAGCCGCAGCCCGGCGCGUUGUUCUCCACCACCGGCGGCAUGAUGGAAACCGGCGCGCCGGGCUGCUACUUUGACAAGGACAUGGCGGCGGCGGCGGCGGCGCAGGGUGGCUUCUUGGGGACCGGUUGCAAUGGCAUGAUGAUGUCGAUAAUGGGGAUGGAGGAGAUCGGCGAGUACCAGCGGAUGAUGGAGGGCGCCAGCGACUCGCUGGCCGGCACGCACAUUCCCGACGCGGACUGUGCCGCCGCGGCACAGAUGGCGUUCAGCGGCAACGCCGUUGCCGGGGAGAUGCAGAUGGGCGGCAGCAUGAGCCCGGGGCGGCUGCCGGCGGCGACGGCGACGGAGGCGUCGAGCCUGGAGGACGCCAACUUCAAGAGCGCCCGCAUCACCGUGGAGGAGAGGCGGGAGAAGAUCAUCAGGUACAUCAAGAAGCGGAACAAACGCAACUUCAGAAAGAAGAUCAAGUACGCUUGCAGAAAGACCCUGGCGGACAGCAGGCCCCGCGUCCGCGGCAGGUUCGCCAAGAAUGACGACUACGGCGAGCCGUCGUCAAGGGUGAUGCAGAACCACGAGGAGUACGACCAAAUGGCGGCCAGCAUGAAGGCAGAAGACAUUCUCGAUCCCGACGCCGCGCACUUCAACGGGAUGAAUUCCUACUUGUUCAACCACACCGUCGAAUCCUGGCUGUGACGCGAACGAACGCCGGCUAAACCACCCUGAAUUUUCCGGAUCCUUCGGCUUCCUGAUCCUGUGCAGAGUUCUCAGCAGCGCCUUUAAUUUUUCGUUGUUUCGGCCCCAUGGAAUAACUGGUCACGUGUAGGUUAUUAUAUAAAUCACGCGCGCAGCUCCAUCGGGCGCUAGAUAAAUGGCUCGUCAAGCUAAAGUUUAGCUACUAAACAGAAAAAUAGAAAAAUAACUCUUCAACAGACUAACUAUUUAACUCGUCAGUUAUCCGACUCUUAAAUUGGCUUCACCACCAGCGGAACUUACACUCUGACGAGCCAAACUAGAUAGAUAGUCUGUUGGAGUAAGAUGCUAUAUAUAUAGUGCAAUCUUUAUGUAAAAGUAAAAUAGAAGGUUAAAUAGAGAGAGAAAAAAAUAAAAGUCACUUGGAGAUGCUCUAUGUAGUCUCUUGUCACUGUAUAUGCAAAUCUGAUUUCACCAGCUUGCGGUAGAACCUGUGGGUAUAUAGUUGAGAGUUUUGAAGAAAAUAAAGCUUGGAUAUACAAAUUUGUACUUGAUUUCUUAAUAGAAACAAAGCUUGUGGGAUCAUA